AUGUAUUUCUUCAGAUUCGUAUGCUUAAUCGCAUGCGCUACUGCAUCACCACUAAUACAACAAAAUGGAGAUGAAAUAAAACUUGAAAAAAGAAAUCUACAACCUCCACAGAAGGUUCAAGAUGGAACGAGAUGGUACAGUCAAUAUCUUCCGGUAGGAUCGAAAGGACAUCUUCUAGACGGUGCUAAUGCCAUUCAACCAAAUAUUGUAAAGUUCAAAAUUAUCAGUGAGGUCAUUGAUAAGACGAUAUCUAUUAUGGACAGUUCACCAAUAUAUUUUGACAACAUUUUAGUAGACUCUCAACAGAAUAGAAAGUAUUUCUAUGAUAAAGUCGAGGACCAACAAGACAACAAGGAUUGCCACCGAAAGAAAUACGGACCUGAGCAGAGCGUUAAAAUUUCAGAUAAAAUCAAUGAAAAUCAACAACCAGAUAGCACUAAGAUUGAAAGUUUUUCAGCAAGACCUGUACUCAGUGUGGAAGAGGCUCAACCAGUAGUGCAUUUGAAUAUUCCUGUUCCACCGUCAAUUACAAGUUCAGUAACAUUGCCUUCAGGAUACUCUUCCAUAUCUUCUCUUCAAAACGACGAAAGUCUAAUUGUUGAAAAGUGGACGUCAGAAAACCAUUACCAAUCAAUGAAAAACAACCCACAGUGCGGAUUGAAUGUACCUGCUCCGCCGUCGAUCACCGAUUCCAUAACAUUGCCUUCACGAUAUUCUUCCUUAUCUUCUCUUCGAAACGAUGAAAGGCUAAUUAUUGAAAAAGUCAAAGAAUAUAAAACAUCGAAUAAAGGAAAUGGCGGAGGAAGUGUCGUACUUUCAAACGACGAAGAAAAAUCUUUCCCCGAUACCGUAGAAGUUGGUAAUCAACAACCAAUAAUCAAUGAGGAACAACGAACUGUUACGUUGAAUGUUCCUGCGCCUCCUUCAAUCGCCCAACUAUUACUUUGCCUUCAGGAUACUCGUCAUUGUCAGAGCUACGAAAAGACAGAAAUAAUUACCGAAGAACCAAUAGUCACCGAAGAAGUACAACCUGCAGUGCGGUUGAAUGUACCUGCUCCGCCGUCGAUCACCGAUUCCAUAGCAUUGCCUUUAGGAUAUUCUUCCUUAUCUUCUCUUCGAAACGAUGAAAGGCUAAUUAUUGAAAAAGUAAAAAAAUAUAAAACAUCAAAUAAAGGAAAUGGCGAAGGAAGUGUCGUACUUUCAAACGACGAAGAAAAAUCUUACCCCAAAACCGUAGAAGUUGGUAAUCAACAACCAAUAAUCAAUGAGGAAGAACGAAUUGUUAGGUUGAAUGUUCCUGCGCCUCCUUCAAUUGCUCAAACUAUUACUUUGCCUUCAGGAUACUCGUCAUUGUCAGAGCUACGAAACAGUAAAAAGGCACUCAUUGAGAAUAUACAUGCGACGAGACGUUACGAACCGAAGCAGGUUGUGGAAUUUUCUAGUGAAAGCCAACAACCUGAUAUUACUAGGACAGAAAUAAUUACCGAAGAACCAAUAGUCACCGAAGAAGUACAACCUGCAGUGCGGUUGAAUGUACCUGCUCCGCCGUCAAUAACCGAUUCCAUAGCAUUGCCUUUAGGAUAUUCUUCCUUAUCUUCUCUUCGAAACGAUGAAAGGCUAAUUAUUGAAAAAGUAAAAAAAUAUAAAACAUCAAAUAAAGGAAAUGGCGAAGGAAGUGUCGUACUUUCAAACGACGAAGAAAAAUCUUACCCCAAUACCGUAGAAGUUGGUAAUCAACUGCCAAUAAUCAAUGAGGAACAACGAAUUGUUAGGUUGAAUGUUCCUGCACCUCCUUCAAUUGCCCAAACUAUUACUUUGCCUUCAGGAUACUCGUCAUUGUCAGAGCUACGAAACAGUAAAAAGGCUCUCAUUGAGAAUAUACAUGCGACGAGACGUUACGAACCAAAGCAGGUUGUGGAGUUUACUAGUGAAAGCCAACAACCUGAUAUUACUAGGACAGAAAUAAUUACCGAAGAACCAAUAGUCAACGAAGAAGAAGUACAACCUGCGGUGCGGUUGAAUGUACCUGCAAAAAAACCUGAAAACGACGAAAGGCUGAUUAUUGAAAGAGUCAAGGAAUAUAAAACAUCAGAUAAAGGAAAUGGCGAAGGAAGUAUCGUACUUUCAAAUGAAGAAGAAAAAUCUCAUCCCGUUGCUGUAGAAAUUGAUGACAAACCAGUAAUAAAUGAGGAAAAACCUGAUAUUACUAGGACAGAAAUAAUUACCGAAGAACCAAUAGUCACCGAGAGAAGAAGUACAACCUGCAGUGCGGUUGUGGAGUAUACUAGUGAAAGCCAACAACCUGAUAUUACAAGGACCGAAAUAACUAUCGAAGAACCAAUAGUCACCGAAGAAGAAGUACAACCUGCAGUGCGGUUGAAUGUACCUGCUCCGCCGUCGAUCACCGAUUCCAUAACAUUGCCUUCAGGAUAUUCUUCCUUAUCUUCUCUUCGAAACGAUGAAAGACUAAUUAUUAAAAAAGUCAAAGAGUAUAAAACAUCGAAUAAAGGAAAGGAGGAGAAACUGUCGUACCUUCAAACGACGAAGAAAACUCUUACCCCAAAACCAGAAGAUACUCGUCAUUGUCAGAGCUACGAAACAGUAAAAAUGCUCUCAUUGAGACUAUACAUGAAAGGAGACGUUACGAACCGAAGCAGGUUGUGGAGUUUACUAGUGAAAGCCAACAACCUGAUAUUACUAGGACAGAAAUCAAUACCGAAGAACCUAGUCACCGAAGAACCUGUAGUCACCGAAAUAGAAGUACAACCUGCAAUGCGGUUGAAUGUACCUGCUCCGCCGUCGAUCGCCGAUUCCAUAACAUUGCCCUCGGGAUAUUCUUCCUUAUCUUCUCUUCGAAACGACGAAACGCUAAUUAUUAAAAAGAUAAAAGAAAAUAAAGUAUCGAAUAACGAAAACGGACAAAAAAGAAUCAUACUGGUAAAUAAGGACGGCGAAUCUACCCCUAGAAAUGAAGAAGUCAUCGACGAGAAACCCGUACUAAGUGAAAAACUAAGAACUAGCAAGAAUGUUCCAGCUCAAUGGGAAUCAGUUAUAAACGAGAAACAUGAAGAUAAUGUAGAGUCUCCUAAAUAUGGAGAAAUUAUUUUGGAAAGAGAUUAG